AGUUGCCAAUGAAAUACUGUCAGUCUGUCACGAGAACCACGUAUGGAUCACGUGACGGGGAAGACGAUUUCAACGCGAAGUAUCCUCGGCUUGGCGAGGAGUGGACCGUGGUUUUCAUUUCCUCGGAUUUCACAAUCGCCGAUCUCAUUCUCUCCUUCCAGGCGUCCAAUUUCCAGAUUCCGACCAAUUCUAUCGCCGUCAGUCCGCUUCUGACGUCGGUCGUUAUACUUUCUCACCUCCCUCUAAUAAGGGAAUCUUUCUAAACUUACUACGCAAUCCAAGAUUAUGGUACGGGCCAGAGAUGCCUGUUGGGAACACUGUAUCCUUGUCGAUGCAACUAAACAGAAGGUGAAGUGUAAUUAUUGUCAGCGGGAGUUCAGUGGAGGAGUUUAUCGCAUGAAGUUUCAUUUAGCUCAAAUUAGAAACAAAGACAUAGUACCCUGUCCGGAAGUCCCAGAUGACGUGAGGGACCAUAUACAGAUUCUACUGAGCACGCCCAAGAAACAAAAAAUCUCUAAGAAACAAAAGGUAGAUCAGGCAGCCAAUGGUCAGCAAAACAGCUCAUCUGUUAGUGGUGGGGUCCUUCCCAACCCUGUCUCGAGUGGGCAGCGUGGUAGUUCUUGUCCGUCUUUGUUAUUCCUACGUUCUUCUCCAAUUCCACGGCCAGCUGUAGAUGAUGCUCAAAAUCAAAAGAAGGACGAUGCUGAUAAGAAGAUUGCUGCAUUUUUCUUUUACAAUUCGAUUCCUUUUGCUGCUGCCACAUCUAUUUAUUAUCAGGAAAUGAUGGAUGCUGUGGCGGGUUGUGGGGCAGGCUACAUAGCACCCAGUUGUGAAAAGUUGAGUUCUACGCUCUUAGAAAAAGUAAAGGGGGAUAUAAAUGCAUAUUGUGAGAAAUUAAGAAACGAAUGGAAGGAAACAGGUUGUACGAUCUUGUGUGAUUGCUGGUCCGAUGGUAGGACUAAAUCACUAGUUGUUUUUUCAGCUACAUGCCCUAAAGGUACAUUAUUUCUAAAGUCCGUCGAUACAUCUGGCCAUGCGGACGAUGGUCAUUACUUGUUUGAGUUGCUUGAGUUAGUAGUUUUGGAUGUUGGUGUAGAAAAUGUUGUUCAAGUAAUUACAGAUAGUUCUCCUAGCUGUGUUUUCGCUGGAAGGCUUCUUACAACAAAGUACUCUUCAUUGUUCUGGUCUCCAUGUGCUUCGCAUUGUAUUAACAAAAUGUUGGAAGAUUUCCGCAAACAAGAGUGGGUGAGUGCAGUCUUGGAAGAAGCAAAUAUUAUCACAGGAUACCUGCAUAGUCAUUCGGGGAUUCUAAGUAUGAUGAGAAAGUUCACAGGUGGAAGGGACUUAAUUAGACCUAAAAUGCCUAAGCUCGUUGCUGAUUUCCUCUCCUUGAGAUCUAUUGUGAUCCAGGAGGAUAAUUUGAAACACAUGUUUUCUCAUCCAGAGUGGUUGUCUUCUUCUUACAGUAGAUCUCCCGAUGCGCAAGCUAUUAAGUCCUUGUUGUGUUUGGAUAGAUUUUGGAAGUCUGCACAUGAAGCUGUUAGUGUUUCUGAGCCACUAGUGAAGAUUCUAAGGAUUGUAGAUGGGGAUAUGCCUGCGAUUGGCUAUAUAUUUGAGGGAAUGGAUAGGGCAAAGCUCAACACCAAAGCAUUCUAUAAGGGUAUUGAAGAAAAAUAUGUUCCUGUUUGGGAUAUAAUCGAUAGGAGAUGGAAUAUGCAGCUUCACUCACCAUUACACGCAGCAGCAGCAUUCUUGAAUCCCUCUAUUUUCUUUAGUCUAAACUUUAAAGUUGAUUCAAGAUUGAGGAACGGGUUUCAAGAAGCCAUGAUGAAAAUAGCUACCGAGGAUACAGACAAGAUAGAAAUAACCAAAGAGCAUCCUUUCUAUAUAAAUGCUAAAGGUGCUCUUGGAACUGAUUUCGCAGUCAUGGGAAGGACAUUGAAUGCCCCAGGUGAUUGGUGGGCUGGGUAUGGUUAUGAAAUCCCGACACUGCAGAGGGCUGCCAUACGGUUACUGAGUCAACCUUGUAGUUCUCACUGGUGUAGAUGGAACUGGGGCAGUUUCGAGAGCAUACAUACAAAGAAACACAACACUCCCGAGCUGGAUAAAUUAAGUGACCUGGUUUUUGUGCACUGCAAUCUCUGGUUACAGGCAAUGGUUAGAAGUAGAGAUGGGAAAUCUAAGCCCAUUGUUUUUGAUGAAAUAGAUGUUAGCGCUGACUGGCCCACUGAAUCUGAAUCUUUUUCUCCUCUUUUGGAUGACUCUUGGUUGGAUAAUCCUCCGCCCCUUGAAUGCAGAGGUAGUCCUUGAACUUGUGAUUUACUUUGAUAAAGGGGUAAUUUCUACCCUUAAUUGCUUGAUUUUGUAUGAAACUUCAGUAGGUAUAUGCAUAGGCACAUUUCAUUUUGGAGAGUACUUUUUUUGGCAGGCAAGAUAAUUGUAAAUGGGAUUCAAGCCUAUGUUUCUGCUGAAAAUGUGAUUCAAUCAUGAAAUGUUGUGGCAGAAAA